AUGGGUCUAGUCAUGGUCCUUAUCGUGGCUAUGCUUUCAGCGAAAGCCAUGGCACAGUCAGGUUGCACCAAUGUUCUAAUUAGCAUGGCUCCAUGCCUAAACUAUGUUACUGGAAGCUCUUCAACUCCAUCUUCAUCGUGCUGCUCGCAAUUGGCUACUGUUGUUGGAUCACAACCGCAAUGCCUCUGCGCCGCACUAAAUGGUGGCGGUGCAUCAUUAGGUAUUAACAUCAACCAGACGCUUGCAUUAGCACUUCCUGGUGCCUGUAAAGUACAAACUCCGCCUGUUAGCAAGUGCAAUGAUAUUAACGGAACUGGAAUGUCUCCAGCUGUUUCUCCUGAAGUUUUGCCUGGAGGAUCUAAAACAGUUCCAGCAACUGGAGGGAGCCCUGGAAAUGGCCUCAACAUAAACAAGACCCUUCAGCUCCUUCUCUUUGUUGUUUUCAUCGCAUUAUCUGCAUCAACUUCAAGCAGCUUCUGA